AUUAACCCACCAACAUCCGCACACAAUCUAAGGUUCACAAGAACUCUAGAUUAACACUCAUUUUCACGUUUUCAAAAGAAACGAAAAAGUUUUUAAAUUGUAACAAAGUCUAUUCACCCCCCCUCUAGACUUUGUAUCUCACCACUUUGGGACCUCCAAUUAGUAUCAGAGCAAACUUAUCACUAUCUACUCUUAGAUUAAAGAGAAGCGAUCAUAAUGGUGAACAAUAUGGAUCACAGUUUGCCCAAGUUCUCUCUUCUAGGUUUAGAUGAUUGGAAGAUCAUGAUGGAAGCACACCUCUAUGCCCUACAUGACUGCAUGUGGAUGGUGCUUGAAGAUGGACCCUUGAAAAUCCAAAUGGAGAAUCUAGAGAGGAAUCCAACCAAUCCAGAUGUGGUCCAGUACAUUCCAAAGCCCAAGGAGAAAUGGGAUGAUAGAGAUUGCAAAAAGCACAAUCUGGACAACGUCGCCAAAGCAGCCAUCUUCAAGACACUUGAUCCCAUCACCUUCUCCAAGAUCAAGCAUCUCGAGACUGCCAUGGAGAUAUGGCAAGGUCUUGGGAAGUUAUGUGAGGGAUCGGAAGAUCUGAGAAAGCAGAAGAUAAAGGUCUUGCUCGAGAAGUUCAAAAGCUUCAAAAUGCUUCCCGGAGAAUCAUUCGAUAUGUUGGAUGAAAGAUUCCACAAAAUCUUGAAUGAUCUUGCAUCCCUUAACAACGUUCUUUUUCCCAAAGAAAAGAAUGCAAGGUUACUGAGAUCUCUUCGAGCUGAGUGGUACACUAAAGCCACAGCCAUGGAAGAAGGAAGAAAUCUGGAGAACUACACUGUCCAAGGGACAUGCCCAAGGAGCUGUGAUACCCCUUCAUCCAACCAGCUACCAAGCUCAAAAACGGAGAACUACGAUGAGGAAUUUGCCAUGAUGGUCAAGCAAUUCCGGAAGUUCAAAAAGUUCUUCAAGAAAGCUGACUCAGUCAGAAGGCCAUCCAAGGGAAAGCCACAAGUAAAUGACUCCCCUCCUGAAUCUUAUUUGUGCUAUAACUGCAGGAAGCCUGGCCACUGGAAGUCAGCAUGCCCGUACCCAAAAGUGGAGAAGUACGGAGAAAGAGAAAGAAACGAGAAGAAGAAAAAGGCAAUGGUAGCAGGUAAGAGUGACGAGUCAUCCAGCUUAAGCUCGAAUAAAGAAGCCCUCAUCUGCAUGGAGCGCAGAGCUGAGAAGCCCAAUUAUGAGGAUCGGUGGACUAUGUCAGAAGAUGACGCCCUCUGUCUAAUGGCCAAGGAUGAUGCUGAUCGAGAGGUAACUUCACAAAUCUCCUGUUCAUCUUCUUAUGAUAGCUUACUAACUUCUGAAAAUCUAUUUGACAAGUUCAAAAAGAUGAUGGAAGAUUUUGAGGAAAUAAAUCUUAAACACUCAUCCCGAACAGAGGAGAACAUGCUAUUGAGUGAAGAGAAUCUCAAGUUGACUGAAGGUCGGAAAAGUCAACUAAGUGAGAUUACUCAACUCAAGGCUGAGAAUGAAUCUCUUUCUGAAAAGGUGAAAUCCCUCAACAAGGAGCUAGGGUUACUAAAGUCCAAAGAAGCAGUGGAUAAGCUUCUUGAAACGACCAAACAUAAGGGUCGUGAAGGACUUGGUUUUGACCCCUCUAGUUCCAAAAGGAAAGGGAGAACAACUUUUAUCCCUUCCAAACCUACUGCCAAACCCAAUAAGCAGAAAGGUAAGGAGAAGGAGAAACCUAAAGAAGUUCCCAAAAAGGACAUGGCAUCCCUCAAGAACAUCUCCACAAAUGAAGUCAUUCUCACUGGGAAGAUAAUCAGAAACAUCUACGAAGUAAUGUGGGACGAUGUCAAGGAAGCAUGCCAAAUCAGCAAAGACAAAGAUGAAGAAAUCAAUGAAGGAGAUAGAAUGAAGCCUACGAAGUUCAUUCCAUUCGGAAGUCUGCCUCUGAAGACUUCACAGAGAAAUCCAGACAGUGCUGAGCCUACCGGAAAUCAUGGCCAGCCUCCCAACAUUCCGGAUCACUCACAUGGCGACCAUUCCGGAAAUGGCGAUCAAGAGACAAUCCAUCUAGAAACACCAACAAACUCUGUUCUUCAACCAGAAGCUGAACUAGAUCAGCCAGUCAACCCUAAUCAACACAACCUUCGUUGGUUAAGGGAUCAUCCUCCUCAACAAGUUAUUGGAGAUAUUCAAUCAGGCGUUCGCACUAGGAGUGCACAACAGAAUCUAGAAGCCAUGCUUGCUUGUUUCAUCUCGCAAGAAUUCUCCGAAUUCCUUCAUCUGGAAAUCGGCUUCAAGUAUGAAGAAGAAGUUCUUGAAUUCUACAAGAACGGGAAGAUCUCAACGAUUCAAUCCAAGAAGAACCCACAAAGGACGAUUCAAGUUAUUAAGUCCACUGUUGGAGGCACCAAGGUGAAGAUUUCUCAGAAGAAAUUGAUGAAAAAGCUCCAUCUUCCUAAUUCUGGAAUUGAAAUUGGGAGGCUCUCGUCCAAGAAUCUGGACUGGAAAACUAUUGGGAUUUCUGGACAAAUCCCCUCUGGCCCAGCAAAGAAGGCCGACUUGAAGAAUGACUACAAAUUGGUCCUAGAGCUAGUCAUUGCAUGCCUAGAAUGUGGCAGUGGAGGACAUGCAGAUGACAUAACUCAAGAAAGGGCAUUCAUCAUCAAUGCCCUCGUUACCAGAACCAAGGUAAAUUGGGCUAAACACUUCUUCAACUCUGUUUCAAAGCAUUUAGGGAAGCCCAAGCAGAAAUAUCUCUGUCAAGGAUUGUACCUUCGGUACAUUUUAGAAUCCUUGGAUGCUGCUUCUGACGGCAAGAAGUAUGAUGCCAGAUAUUGGCUCUACUAUCUGUCUUCUAAUGGAGAAAACAGAGCUAGUUCAACUACAGAAGAUGAAGGCCCUUCAGACAAUGUCCUAAUUGUAAGUCUGAAGAAGUCCUCAAAGAGGAAGCAAGUGGUGUCUCCCUCCCCCAGCACUGAGGCACCACACAAUCUUGCAGUGGUUAAUUUGGAUGAAGAAGAAGUUCCUGCCCAGGGAGAACUUCAGAAGAAGAAGAAAAGAAGAAUCUCCGCUCCCUAUACAUCUGGAAAUGUCAAUCCGGAUGACUUGAUACAGAAUGAACCAAUUGAGGAACUCUACUAUGACUGGAGAGCUUGGAAAGUUGGAAACUCUGCAAAUCAGUUGGUUGAAUGGGAUCAACAACUGAAAAAUGAAAGGAUUAUCAAGAGGUGUUUGGGACAGCCAGUCAACUAUUUUUGUGAGCAGAUUCUGGAUGAGGAAUGGGUCUGGCAGAAAAACUAUGAAGAUCUGCAUCUGGAAUACUUGGCCACCUCUCCAACUUCAGAGUUUGAAGCUGAUGAUGAGGACCCGGUUGUCUACAAACCAAUCCUCUCAAAGCCAACUGAAGAUCAGACUGCACUCACCACUGAAGCACAGGCUGACAUGGAAGCUAGAGCUGAAGAUUUCCAAGUUUUUCCGGAAACCUCACCUGCUUUUGAUACUGUCCUGCCUGAAGUUGUUCAGGAGAAUGCAGCUACUCCCCAGCAAGAACAGAUUCAAACAGCAUCUGAAGAAGAGCUUCUACAGUCCUUACAAUUUCAGGUUCAAGAGAUUCUCUCAAGCCCUUUUGAAAUCUCCAACUCAACAGAACCUGAAAAUCCGGAAAAGUCAACAGAGAAUCUGGAAAAGUCACCUCUUCCAGAAACUACAGAGGAAGAAGCUCAUGAAGAACAAGCAGUUGAAGUCCAAAGAAGCUUUGAAGAAGCUGAAAGAGAAGCUCAAAUAGCUAGGCUGGAGGUCUCUGAAACUCCAGUGGCUAUCUUUGAGCAGCCAAUUGAAGAUGAAGACAAAGAUUCCCUCUCUAGGGAUAUCUCAAAUUAUGAACAUGAAGAAAUAGAGGAAGCCACUGAAAUCAAGCAGCAGAUUGCCACAGUCACAAUCAAUCUUCAGAAGCAGAUGUCACUCCAUCAGAUGGAUAUCAGAUCAGCCUUGGCAGUGUCAUCAGCAAACCAAGUGGUAACUCAAGACUACCUAAGGGUUCUUGCUGAGAAUCAGAUGGAAGCUUUCAAGCUUUUUAGACAUUUUGGAACCUUCACCGCCAAACAUAGAUUGGAUGUGACUGUUCAACCUAAAAAUCUACCUCCAAUUCCAAGACUUCCACUUGAAAUCAAACAAGGAGAACUCUCAUACAUUCCAUCUUAUCUGAACAUGACGGAUCUAAUCUUGGAAGCCCAACAGAAAAAUCUGGAGAACUCAAUCCAGCAUCUGUCAAACACUGAGUUUGAUGGAACAGAAGCUGUAGGAACCAUUGCCUCCCACUUCACAAGUGAUGCCCAGACAAAAGAGAGAUAUAACAACCUCAAGCGCAUCCAGGAAGAGUGUGGAGUUAUGCAAGGCAUUGGUGAAGUUGCCGGAUCAUCCAAGCGCAAGAAGAAGUGAAGGCUUUUUUCAUCCAAACAGGGGAAGUAUUGAAAACAUUAUUUAUGUUUUGAUUAAAACACCUUCUUGUUUAAACAUGAGUUUUUGGUUUAAACAUUGCUCAAUACAUCUCUUAAUUAUGCUUGAACAUAUUUCUUUUAAGUAUGAUUUUUGAGAUUUAUUAUUGAGCACAUACAUUCAGGGGGAAUGUAAUUCAGGGGGAACUUAACUAUUUUUGGCUAAUACAUGUCUUGUGGCAAUGAACUACUGAUAAACUC